AUUAUAGGUAUCAUUUAGUCAAUAUUUUGCUGAAAGGAAAUUUCCAGGGCCGUAAAAUACUAUAAUUUAAAAAAAAGUCGUCAAUCUGACAAGCUAACAAAUUAAAUAAUUUCAUAUCGAAAAAGCAUGAAAUUACUGUUUCAAACACUUCGAAAUACCCAUAAUAAAUAACCUAUAUAACAUCGUUGUUGUGCUUGAUAUGGUUUAAUGUUUGUUUAGUAAUAUUAAUUAGAUUACCUACAUUAUUGAACAGCUGUCGCGCUCACAUAUAUUCAACCAGGUUUGAGUAAAAAUAUAUACAUUUUAUAGGAAAAACGAGUGAAUUCUUAUAAAUUAUUAUACAGGCUUAUUUUGAAAUUGCUAUAAUUUUUCAAUAAUGGCGAAGUCUGUUAAAAAAAAGCCACAAUUGCCUAAAUCAGUGCUAGAUAUGAAGUUUAUGAAAAAAACAAAAGACCGCAUAGAAAAAGAGAUCGAAAAUACUCAAGAUCAUGAUAGUUUAUAUUCCAAUAUAAUCACCAGUGAAAUGCGACACGCAACUGGUAACUUUAUAACAGAAUCCAGUUUUCUAGUUUGCGAAGACUUGUUAGAAGGUAGACUUUCAUAUAAAGGCAUGAAUUUGGAAAUAGAACGCCUUAUGGAAUUAGAGAGUAAAAACGAAGAACCAGAUCAAGAUAUGCAAAAAGAUAUAUCUGAUGAUAUAUUGGCUAAGAAAAUGGAAGCUUUUAACAAAAGGAAGAGAUCACAUAAUAGUCCCAGUAAAUACAAUGCUAUUAAACGAAGAAAGUGAACACUACCAACAAUUAUAAUUAAUGAUAUGUGAGGAUUGGUAAGGUUUCAAUAGUAGAUUAAAUAUACUCUUUGCUUGAGUUGAUUAAUAGCAUACAAGUUCAAACAAAUGAGACAUUAAUGGUAAUUGUAUAACAAUAAUUCUAAUUCAACUGAUUGUUACAUAGUCUACUCAGUGUAUAGAAGAUUUCAAUUAAUGAAACACUAUUUUAUUCAAUAGAUAUUUAAUGUGUUAAACAAUUACAAAAUUAAAUUACAUGUGGAGAUAUUUUGUUGAAAAAUUAAAUUAUAUCAGUCUGUUUUAAUUUUUAUAAUAAUACUUGCUAUAGUAUAGUAGGAUUAUAAUUAUAGGAUUAGUAAAUUGUAUAUAGCUUUCCCAUGCAAUAACAAUAAAGUUCUUUUUUUUUACUAUUAAAAUAUAUGCUGCUUUUGUUCCUAAGGUGCUUCCACAGUGAUGCAGUGUCACACACACCAGCUCAUUUGUUCACAUAUUGUACUACAAAUAUUUGUGAUCUCAUAAAGACUAUUGCAAUCACAUUUGUUCUAUCUAGACUGAAUAUACAGAAAUUUGAAUUUUAAUAUUGAGUUAUUAUUUAAUCCAAAUAAUAUCUAAUAGAUUAC